AUGCCCUCCAGCAGCCUGCUGAGCCCCUUCCCAGAGCUUGACACCAACCUACCCAAGUAUUUUCUACCUCUGCUGCCUGAAGGAAGUUUUGAGAAGAUCCUUAGUGAAGAACUAUAUGACACUUAUUCCUCCUGUCCUAUCUCCUUGAAUAAAGAUGGAAAGAGUCAAGACCAGCUUGCUGACCUCACACUUUGGCCUUUGCAGAGUCCAUGGACCCGUAACACCAAUUUACCUCCAGCCAACCUGCUGCGCCACAUCCCGUUUCAGGCAGAAAGAUCUGUGAGCAUGAUAGAGGAGAGUAAACAGCUCCAGGCUGAAUGUAAGCUCCACUCAUCUCGUUACAAGACAGAGCUGUGCCGUACCUUCCACGAAAGCGGUUCUUGCAAAUAUGGGUCUAAGUGCCAAUUUGCACAUGGCUCUGGAGAGCUUCGGGAACUCAACCGCCACCCAAAGUACAAGACUGAGUUGUGCAGAACAUAUCACACCAUUGGCUUCUGCCCAUACGGGUCUCGAUGUCAUUUUAUCCACAACGCAGAUGAACAACGGUUCAAUGGCAACCCAAAGAGUCAGCGCCCACAUCUACUGAGACAGAGCAUGAGCUGCCCAGGCAUCUCCUCCUUAUCAUUGUCAUCAUCAAUAUCACCGCUUGCUCUCUUCUCCAAUUCUUCUUCUUCCUCCUCAUUCUCACCUUUCCUUCCAUCCACUCCAACAUUCUCCCCAUGUGAGCCCCUCUCCAAUUCAGGAUCUACUUCCCCCACAAAUUCUCCAAUGACACUCAGCUUGUCUUCCCUUGCCCGAACGGUGUCCCCACCUUGUCCUAAUCUGCUGACCUCCUCUCUUACUGAAGUGCUCCUCAAACUCUCUCCUUCCAAGAUGGGAUUACGUGGGCAUGAAAAAAGUAUUGGCUGUCCAUCCGAUGUGGAAAGUGAGGACUCUGAGAGCAAAGGCUUCUCAUCAUCUCAUUCCAAUUCCCAAAUAGCCAAGCGCCUUCCCAUCUUCAGCCGUAUAUCAGACUGA